CUUCACGAUCGUGGAUCGAGAGAGAACCAAAAGGCAAGCCCAAAGAAAGAUAGCCGCCAUGAACCAAGCACUGUUUGAUGGCGCUCUGGACGUUGUCCUACAGAGUGGUUACAUAGUGCGCGUCACUGUUCAGAUCGAGAACCAGGUCGAUCAAACCUUCUAUUGCUGUCCUGCUGCUACCGCUGCUGACAUUCGUAGACUCCUGAGAGCACGCAACGAGAAUCUUCAGCAUGCUGAUGGCACCAAUGGAGCCCGUUUCAAGGAGCUAAGGAUCACGGACCAUCAAGGGAAGCAUGUAUUUGGACUCUUCGAAAAAUCUCCUCCAUCAUUGGACACGCUGUUGAAUUGUGAGAUUGUUGCCCGGGACCCUCAUUUGUUCUCCCUUUUUCAAAUUUUGAAGAUGACGGAAACUGAACGCGACCGCAUGAUGCAAUGCAUGAUCACUCCCCGCUUGCCCCAAAAAUGCCCCGGAAGACACAUCCUAGAGUACUCCAAUGUUCUGAUCUUAACCAACAUGGUAUGUGAUGUGUGUGAAGUGAGGCUUGAGACCCGCCCAGACUGGUGGGGCUGUCGUGAGUGCAACUUUGAUCUCUGCAGAGAAUGCCACGACGGUGAUCAGGGAGAUGACGUAACAAUGCUAGGAACAGAUCCCUAUGAUGAGGUGGCAGCCCUUGCAAAGCACAUAGGACUGGAAGUUGCAAAAGGAGAAAGGGGAAGGCGCCUCGGUCGCUGGUCGGGCCGCCGUGUGGUGUAUUGGAAUACCACCAAUUGGGGCUGGGUCAGGCCUUCUGUGUUUCAAAAGCCAGGUCGGCUCACUUCACUCUCACCGCACCAGUUCCCUAUGGAACAGGAGCAGCUCUUGUUGGCUCCUGGGGUUCGCUUGGUGAUCCGAUUCAAUGAGAGGCUUCGUAGGGUGGUUUCCGCCGCCAUUGCACCUGAGACCGCAUCUUCUGCGUCGGAUCUCUUGCCAGGAGAGACUGAUGAAGUCCUUCCGAACGGUGCAAAUUUCACAGCUCUAAGAAAUCAUGGUAGGAAGCUUCUCUCUGAACGAGUUGGCUGGGAACGUGUGAUGCAGGUGUUGUCGAAAAAAUUUGAGAUGCGGUGGAAAGGGUGUCGUGGUGGGGGCACAAUUAAGCACCGUGACCUUGUCCUUGGUCUCAUCGAAUUUGAACUUGACAAAGUUAGAUAUGAACUUUCGGCGGUUGCCGAUGGGGUAAACGGCCACAUGUCGGUGCACCUCUAGAGCCCUCCGACCAUUUCAGAGGCGUGUGUUGAUCCUCGUUGUCAUCGGCUGCAACGUGAAACGCAGUAAGAUCAGAAUAUUCACUCUAGUUUCUAAAGUAACUGGUACUCUAUGGGGUGCAACUCAUCACUGCACUUCUUGCCAGCUCUAUAAAAUGCUCUCUGUAUCGGGAGGUGUAUCCACGACAAGGUCGUCCUUCUCAAAAAUCAUCUCACCCAACCCUGGAAGAAGGAA